AAACACUUGAUCUUGGAGAUAUCUGAAAAGCCAAUCUUGGCCGUGUGCGAGUAUCUGCAGAAUGGGUACUCCUGCCCUACGACGCAUUUCGGAGUGUUUUGUGAAGCCUCACCGCUGCAACCACUUCUCCGAUCAAAUCUGCAAUUUAACACCUUGGGAUAUUGCCAUGUUGUCUGUGCACUAUAUUCAGAAGGGUCUACUCUUCAAGAAGCCUGCAACCCUGCUUCAUGAAAACGAUUUCAUACAAAAUCUGUUGGAGAACCUCAAGCACUCUCUUUCUCUCACCCUCUCCCAUUUUUAUCCAUUGUCUGGUCGCCUUGUCACUCACAAAACCCAAAACCCUCCCUCUUAUAUUGUUUCUGUUGAUUGCAACAACAGUGAUGGAGCUAGAUUCAUUCAUGCAACUCUGGAUAUCACCAUAGCUGAUAUCCUCUCCCCCCUUGAUGUCCCACCGAUUGUUCAAUCAUUCUUUGACCACCACAAAGCAAUCAACCAUGACGGUCACUCCAUGCCGCUGUUGUCCAUCCAAGUCACUGAACUAGUGGACGGUGUUUUCAUAGGUUGUUCCAUGAACCAUGUUAUUGGCGAUGGAACUUCUUAUUGGAAUUUCUUCAAUUCAUGGUCUCAGAUCUUUCUAGCACAAUCUCAAUCUGAAAAUGUUCCCAUCUCACGCCAACCCAUUCACAAUCGUUGGUUUCCAAAUAAUUGUAGACCACCGAUCUCUCUUCCUUUCAAACAUCAUGACGAGUUUAUAGAGAGAUCUGAAAAACCCCUCCUCCUGAGAGAGAGAUUUUUCCACUUUUCAGCAGAGUCUAUUGCCAAACUGAAAGCAAAGGCCAAUUCAGAAUCCAAUACCACAACAAUAUCUUCCUUCCAGUCAUUAUCAGCACUUGUUUGGAGGUCCAUAACUCGUGCGCGCUCCAUACCGUCUGACCAAAAAACAACUUGCAGAUUAGCAGCGAGCAAUCGAUCAAGAAUGGAGCCGCCUCUGCCUGAAGAAUACUUUGGAAACUGCCUUCAUGCAGUGAAUGCAGAAACGACAACAGGGGAAUUGCUUGAGAAUGAUCUAGGAUGGGCGGCAUGGAAGUUGCAUGUGGCUGUUAAAAACCUUGACGAUAGAGUGGUGUUGCAGUAUCUCGGAGAGUGGUUAGAUUCUCCUGUGAUAUAUCAAAUGGGUCGUUUCUUUGAACCAUAUUGUGUGAUGAUGGGUAGCUCCCCGAGGUUCAAUAUGUAUGGGAGUGAAUUUGGAAUGGGGAAAGCGGUGGCUGCUAGAAGUGGCUAUGCAAAUAAAUUUGAUGGGAAAGUGUCAUCAUACCCAGGGCGUGAAGGAGGAGGAAGCAUUGAUUUGGAAGUUUGCCUUUUCUCACAUACAAUGAGUGCCUUGGAAUCAGACAAGGAAUUCAUGCAUGCAGUUUCUGAGUUCAAUCCCCUACUGUUCUAGUUUGCUACAUCUUUUAAUUAAUGUAAUAUCGAUUCAGUUUUAUUAAUAGAGAGAAGUUAUUAUUGAAACAUCU